UACAAAUUGCCAUGCUGACCAAAAUUCAGAUUACCAAAUCUGACUCGUGAUGUUUGUGCAGAUAACUAAACACAAUAAUGGCAGGAUCAGGAACUGUUUUCUCUUCUGCUUUGGAAGGGAUGAAUCAUGUUAAAUCCGAAUCCGGCGAGAUGCUGGCCAAGCCUUUCUUGGAUGUGUGCAAACACUUGCUGCCUGUUUUAGACAAGUUUGGAGCUGCCUUUGCCCCUGUGAAAUCUGAUAUUGGUAAUAACGUAUCGAGGUUGGAUUCUAAGUAUUCGUCGAGCCCAUCAGAAUUUAACCUCUUGUAUAGCAUAGUUCGGGUUGAGAUUGAAGUGAAAACCGCGAAAUCCUCAUCUAGUUGCACAAAUGCUCUACUCUGGCUAACAAGGGCUAUGGAUUACUUGGUGGAGCUGUUUCGGAAUCUACAUGAUAAUCCAGACUGGCCAAUGUCGAAGGCUUGUAGCGAAGCGUACGCCAAGACGCUGAAGAAAUCGCAUAACUGGCUAGCUAGCUCAAGUUUUAGUGUUGGAAUUAAGCUUGCUCCAGAGAGGAAGAAAUUUAUGGACAUAUUAGGUGGUGAAACUCCUGAAUUAAACUCUGAUAUGGGGAAAUUCUGCACGAACUUCUCUCCACUCCUCGAAGAGAAUCACAAGUUCUUGGACUCUGUUGGAAUGGACGAUUUGAAAGCUUGAUGCAUGUUCUAAAUGAAAUUUGUUUAUAAAUUGUGUAUGUAUUUUAAUGCAAAGAUUGUAUUUGUAUUUGUAUUCUUUGUAACCCUUGCUCACUUUUCUACGAAAUACAGAGCUGUAAGGAGUUUGUAACUCAAGUGGUGAAAAAUAAUCAUCCUUCAAUUAAUGGUAGGCCAAACGGUCACACGUACUCCAUGUCA